AAAACAGUCAUUUUGGCCCUUUAGGGUUCCACGUACGGCUUAUGUAUAAAUAGCAAUAGCUGUUAAAGCUUCGUCUUCUCCCUCUAAACCCUACAAACCUCCCAGAUCAAGCCGGCCUGAGACAGCGCCUUAGGAAUUUGCUCUCUUGUGUGGAGAUGGCGACGUUACCUGGGCCGCUGAUAUGGGAGAUGGUGAAGAAGAACAACUCGUUUCUGGUGAAGGAGUUCGGUAACGGAACCGCCAGCGUGCAGUUCAGCAAAGAGCCCAACAAUCUUUACAAUCUCAAUUCCUACAAGCAUUCUGGGUUGGCUAACAAGAAAACUGUGACUAUUCAACCUGGAGGCAAAGAUCAAUCUGUUUUGUUUGCAACAGCAAAGACUAAGAAGCAGGGAAAACCUGCUACCUUGCUUCACAAGUCCAUCAUGAAGAAGGAGUUCCGCCGCAUGGCAAAGGCAGUCAAGAAUCAGGUGGCUGACAACUAUUACAGGCCUGAUUUGAAGAAUGCAGCACUUGCAAGGUUGAGUGCUGUGCAUAGGAGCCUUAAGGUUGCCAAAUCAGGCGUCAAGAAGAAGAACAGGCAGGCAGGCUGCUAAGACCACCCGUGGUAGGAAGUGAACUUAAGAAGAUGUGAUUUUUGCAUGAUUUAUGGACGCGUGGAAUGUUUGGAUUUUCAUCUUUUUUUGCUAUUUUGAAGCUAUUUCCUUUGACUUGAGUAGAUCAAGUUUCGAAGUGGGAGUAAAAGAGACGUAGUCUUUUAACUCAGUUUUCCAUCAACAUGUAGUUAGUUUAUCUUGGGCACUUCUACUCAAUAUUUGAGUUAUUAAUGCGAUAUGCUCUGAUUUUACUUGCUUGGGA